AUGGGUGGUUCCAUUUUCACUCACUUCCUCCUUCUACCUUCCUCUUCUUCUCCCUCUCUUUCCACUCUAGUUCCAUCCAAAUUCAAUGAAUCUGUUCCCUUCACCCUUUUCUGCAACCAAUUCCCUUCCAAAGUCUCUACUUCCUCCCCUUCCCAAUCCUCACCUCCUCGUCGUUACUCGUUUUCUGUAAAAAAGAUAAAUGCCAUCGGAAUUCAGCAAAAAGGUUCCAUACGACAUGGAGACAAUCUUGAUGCAAUGAAGAGCAGGAUUUUGCUGAAGAAGUUUCAAAGGAAAAUGCCGACGGAAUUCCUUAGUACCCUUUUCAACAAACAAUUUAUAAUUGAUCUUCAAGCUGCUCAAUGUGUUAACCAUGGAUUUGGGGUUGGUUACCCUCUUAAUUUAAGUGUACAAACUACAAUGGGCCAAACAAUUGGAAUGGACUUAAUUGUUCAAUGCUAUUUGACAGUUGUAGGAUUUUCAGUGAAUGACUUUACAACCAAAGAUAUUGAAGAUGGGGAAAGAUCAUCCAAAUGGGUUUUAGCAUUCUUGUUUGGACAAACUAUAUCAGUGAUUUCUCCUGAUGUUUCAUAUGCAAGCAGCUCAAUGAAGAUAAAUGAGAUAUAUGAGGUUGGAGAAUUGUUUGAUUUAAGCAUCCAACUAAUAUACUUGUUAUUGCUAUUGAGUUUGCUAGGGACUGGAACAUUUUUUGUGAUUCGCCAAGUUCUUGUACGCAGAGAACUCGACCUAUCAGCCAAAGAGUUGCAGGAGCAAGUCAGAAGUGGUGAUGCAGGUGCAACUGAGCUUUUUGAACUUGGUGCAGUGAUGCUGCGCAGGAAAUUUUACCCUGCUGCUACCAAGUUCUUGCUUCAAGCAAUUGAGAAAUGGGACGGGGAUAAUCCGGAUCUUGCUCAGGUUUACAACGCUCUUGGUGUAAGCUAUGUCCGUGAUGGGAAAGUUGACAAGGGAAUAGCUCAGUUUGAAACAGCUGUCAAGCUUCAACCAGGCUAUGUCACAGCUUGGAACAAUCUUGGAGAUGCCUAUGACAGUAAAAAAGAUUACAAGUCUGCUUUGAAGGCAUUUGAAGAAGUCCUACUAUUUGAUCCUAACAACAAGGUUGCACGGCCUAGGAGAGAUUUAUUGAAGGAACUUGUUCAAGCAUCCGAAGGAGUUACUGUCACCAAAUCAACAGACAAGAAAUGA